CUCAGAGUCGUAGGCGGUAGUGUUUUCGGGUUAUAUGUCUCCAUCAACUGCUUCAAUCAUAGGUUUCUAACUACCAGCGGCGCCGUCCUAUGUCCUAAAAGCCCAAAUUGCCAAUACAAAAAUGGCACAAACCUACAAACACUUUAACCCAGACCAAACUAAUCGAACCGAAAGUGUCCGAGGCCUAUGAGUCGAUCACUGAUCACCCCAAUGAGCAAAAAUGGCGGGUGACAAGGAUCCCCUGAAACAGUUGAAAGAUCUGACGAAGCUCAAAAGUCAGUUGGAGGAAAUCCAGAGGCGAGUGGAGAACGAAGUGACACUAGGAAUCCCUCAGGGAGGCUCAGUGUUGGGAUCACCAUUUCUGAAGGGCUUUCUGGCCGGCUAUGCGGUGGCCAAGCUACGUUCCUCUGCCUUCCUGGGACUACUAGUGGGUACAGCCACUGGUAUAUACGCGGCACAGAACUAUCCAGUGCCCAACAUUGAACGGACGGUGAAAGACUAUAUAAACAGCUUGAAGAAAGGACCAAAAUAAUUUGGGCUGACUGUUAGUUUGGUCAGUGAAAUAACAAGAAAAAGAGAUGCAGCUGCUGCCUUGACAGAGCCUUGUGACGGAUCAGCCUUCAAGUAAACUUGACUAUGAAUAUAAUGACAUAACUGGAAUUGCAUUGGGGACUC